GGCCGCUGUGCUGUCGCUAUGGAGACCCCGGCAGGUGCCGCCGGCCCGUUUGUUGCACCCAGGGCCCGACACAGAGAGCCGGGCGGACAGGGGCCGGCGCAGCUGCGGGACCUCGGCGGGGGCGGCGGCAGGUUUGCUGACAAAUGGAUAAAAGCUACAUUUCUAAAGAGUGUCAUGAUAGCGGUGAUAACUCAGAAAAGGAAUAUUAUGGAAAGAGAGACCUGUCUGCUUCUGGUUCCGCAAAAUACAUUAGGAAAGCUGUUGAAAACAUUUUGACUCUUCCUUCAAAAACUUUGGAUUUGAGUGAAAAAAAAAUCCAACAUCUCACUGAGGAUAUAUAUAGAUUACCCAAUCUACAACAUUUGCAUCUGGAAAGAAAUCAAUUGGCUGUAAUUCCUGAGGAUUUAUUUCAGAAGCUGCCAAAUCUUGUUUGGCUGGAUCUCCGGGAUAACAAAAUUAAAACUCUCCCCCCUGGAAUUGGAUGUCACAAGCAGUUGACAACUUUACUUUUAGAAGGAAAUCCUAUAAAAAGAUUGCCUGUGGAGCUUGGUAACUUAACCUCAUUGAAAGCCUUGAAUCUAAGGCAUUGUCCCCUGGAGUUUCCACCUAAAGAUAUUGUACAGAAGGGACUCCAGUCCAUUCUGCGCUUUCUCCGAAACGCUGGGAAUGGAAAAGCAGAAUCAGUUACUCUAGUAGAAAUACCACCUGUUGAAAAACUAAACUUAACGGAACUGCUGGAGUCCAGCUUGGAUUUGUCAGAUGAGUGGCCUAAUGAAGAAGAAAGGCUGCGAUUUCAGAAACUCAAGGAGGAAAUUAUAAAAGAUGACCAGGAAGAAUUUCUUGCAGACCAAGAUUUAGGCCCUAAAGCCACAAUGCAGAAAUUUACUGAACUAGGGAAAGGGAAUGGAAUAAAGGAAAGACUACACUACAAAUCUACAAGUCUUUCCAGGAAAAAAUCCAUGCAGAAGAAUGUAUUUCCUGAGUUUUCAUCCCUUGAUAAGAAGAUACAGACAAAGCGAGCUGAAGAGUGCAGAUUGGCAGCACAGAAGCAGAUGAAAGAGAAACUGGCUUUAAUUGAACAGCAAAGAAAAGAUAAAGAAAUGCUUCAAGAAUGGAGAAACCAAACUAAAUUGAUGAAGGAAAAAAAAGAAGCGCAGUUCAAGUUUUCGACUGAAAAUGCAGACAUGAUAUCAAAAGGUGCACCAUAUGCUACAGAUGAAUAUGAAAAACAAAAGGAACCUACACUUGAAAAAAAUGAACAAAUGAAACUGUUGAAAUUAAAUGCAAUAAAAGAUCCUGAAGGUAUAAGAGCAUCCAGAGAAAAGAAAGUGAAACAGUGCAUCAAAUGGCAUAUACAAAUGAUGAAAACAAGAAAAAACUUAGAAGGGACACCCUUGGAAGUAAUGCAGAGAGCAAAACAAGACAUUGAAACUGUGGAAAAACUACAGGCUGAGCUAGCACAAAUAAAACAAGAACUUCUUCAGGAAUAUCGUUUCACUGCCUUCACAGGAGAACCUGUUUCCGAUUCACCAAGAAUGCAGCCUUGUAAUAUCUUUUUCAACAUGAAAUUUUAAUUGCCUGAAAUUCUUACAAGAAUACUAGUCAUGCAGUGUCCACUAUUAGCAGACAACUGUAUUGAAGCAUGAUUUAAAGUGUUCCUUUUAUUUCUUCUCCUUGUUGAUUGGAUUUAACAAAGUUAAAACUAGCAUGAUAAACCAUUCUAGAUUAUGCAGUCACUACGUAAUUUCAGUAGAUUUAUAGUCACUGGGUUGUAAAGUGUCAUGUUGUGUUUCUUUUACUGAAUCUUUUUGUUCUUAGGGCCUUAUUCAUCAGAAUUCAACUAAAACCUAAA